AUGCUGCUGCGACUGGGCUCGAUGCUCGCCCGGCGCGGCCUGCACGCGGCGUCGGCCCGUUUCGCCGCGGCGCCGGCGCUGCGCCUCGGCCGCUCGCGCGCCCUCUCGACCGCGCCGGUUGACGACGAGAUGGAGGACGACAUCGACGUCGAUGGCGUCGCGUACGGCUUCAUGGCUUCGCAGGCGCUCUUCGCCGGCCUGGAGCUCGGCAUCUUCGACGCCAUCGCCGCGGCGGGAGGAUCGGUCGACCUGCCCUCGCUGCAGCGCUCGAGCGGCGUCACCGCGCCGCGCCUCCAGACGCUGCUCACCGCGCUCGUUGCGUCAAAGGCGCUCCGCCGGUCGCGCGACGGGGCAUACGACCUGUCGCCGAACGCGGCGCGUUUCCUGGUGAGCAGCUCGCGCCACUUCUACGGCGACUACCUCAAGCUGCAGAUCGGGCGCCAGUUCUACCACCGGAUGGGCGCGCUGACUGACGUCAUGAAGACGGGAGAGGCGCCGUCGUACGCGUCGUGGUUCAGCGACCCGGAGGUGGCGGCGACGUACACGCGCGCGCAGCACAACGGCUCCGUCGCGACCGCAAAGGCGCUGCUCAAGCGGAUGGCCGGCUCCGUCUCGCUCGACGGAGCCUCAAAGAUGCUCGACAUCCUCGAGCUGCCCGAGGUCUGCGCGACGGGAAACACGAUCCGCGCGGAGCAGCCUGCAGACGUCCUCAUGUCUUACAUCUCGGGGUCGGUGCCGGAGCCCGUCGUCGGCGCGCUCUACGCAAACGCGUACAAGGCGCGCCAGAGCUCAGGCUCGGGCUGGUGGUGGUGGUGUGUCGGCUGGUGCUGA